UAUUACCAACGGUCCGCCAACAUCAACGUCAGAUGCACUGGACAUUUACCGGCUGCAGUGGGACUGUUGUUCAGAGAGGAGGACGUUAAAAUGUCUUUCCACUUGUAUGAAAUGAGCAGUAAACUGCUCGGGGACACUGUUGGGACAAUGAACGACAACCUGACCUCCGUGGUGCUGGCAGCUUCUGUCGUCACUCUCACUCUGGGAUAUCUCUCCAAGUUGCUGCUCAAACCGUCCUCUGACAAUGAUCUGAAAUAUCCACCAUACAUCCCCUCCAGCAUCCCCUUCCUGGGUCAUGCCAUUGCGUUUGGGAGAAGCCCCAUUGAAUUUCUUGAACAUGCUUAUGAAAAAUACGGCCCUGUAUUCAGCUUCACCAUGGUGGGGAGUACGUUCACCUACCUGCUGGGCAGCGAAGCAGCCACGCUGAUGUUCAACAGCAAGAAUGAGGACCUGAACGCAGAAGACGUCUACUCCAGACUGACCACUCCAGUGUUUGGCAAAGGAGUAGCUUACGAUGUGCCGAACCCUAUCUUUCUGGAACAAAAGAAGAUGUUGAAGACCGGACUGAACAUUGCUCAUUUUAAGGAACAUGUGAAAAUCAUUGAGGCAGAGACCAUCAAGUAUUUUCAGAGAUGGGGAGACAGCGGGGAGAGAAACCUGUUUGAGGCCUUGUCUGAGCUGAUCAUCCUGACGGCCAGCAGCUGCCUUCACGGGAAGGAGAUCCGCAGCAUGUUGAAUGAGCGAGUGGCCCAGCUCUACGCCGACCUGGACGGAGGAUUCAGCCACGCUGCCUGGCUCCUGCCCGGCUGGCUGCCGCUGCCCAGCUUCAGGAAAAGGGACAGAGCUCACACAGAGAUCAAGAACAUCUUCUUCAAGGUGAUUCAGAAGCGCAGACAAUCUGAAGAGAAGGUGGACGACAUGCUGCAGACCCUCGUCGACGCCACCUACAAAGACGGACGACCCCUGAACGAUAACGAGAUCUCGGGGAUGCUGAUCGGUCUCCUCCUGGCCGGUCAGCACACGUCCUCCACCACCAGCGCCUGGAUGGGUUUCUUUCUGGCCAGAGACAAAGCUCUGCAGGAGCGCUGCUACGCCGAGCAGAGGGCCGUGUGUGGAGAAGGGCUGGAGCUCGACUUCGAUCAGCUGAAAGAUCUCAGCUUGUUGGAGCGCUGUUUGAAGGAGACCCUGCGUCUCCGCCCGCCUAUCAUGACCAUGAUGAGGAUGGCUCGCUCUCCACAGACUGCAGCAGGAUACACCAUCCCUGUGGGCCACCAGGUCUGCGUCUCCCCCACCGUCAACCAGCGUCUGCAGGACACCUGGGUGGAGAGGAUGGAGUUCAGCCCUGACCGCUACCUCAACGACAACCCUGCUGCGGGGGAGAAGUUCGCUUAUGUGCCGUUUGGAGCCGGUCGCCAUCGCUGCAUCGGGGAGAACUUUGCCUACGUCCAGAUCAAAACCAUCUGGUCCACUUUACUGCGCAUGUACCACUUUGACCUGGUGGACGGAUAUUUCCCCACAAUCAACUACACCACGAUGAUUCAUACCCCUCACAACCCCGUCAUCAGAUACCAGAGGAGAAAACAGUGAGAGGCGGGAAGAGCAAAGACACGAGGCAACUGUCCAACAUCCCGAGUGUUUGAACUGAAGCUCUGACGUCCUGGGACUUGAAUUUAGGAACAUUUCGAUGAACACUCUUUGCGCUGCUUGAAUGCCCAACCGUUCAGAUUUCGUGCUUCUUUCAGAACUCCUUAGCCCUGAAUGUCAACAAUUGUUGAAACUUGUGUUUCCAGAGAUGAUUACACCGACUGUGACUCUGACUUGAACACAUACACUAAUAUUCACAAUGUGAAUUCUUAAAAAUAAAAAAUGGUCAGAAA